AAAAAAAAAAGAAAAAAAAAAGUUGUUUGUGCCAUCAGCCCAUCACCAACGGAAGCCGCGAAAAAUAGGCAAAAAAAUCCCCAAAUCCAACAACCUGUAGCCCGCUUCAGUCCGACGACCAUGGCCACUCCUUUGCUCGCCGCGCUCCUCGCCGCCGCGCUGCUCGCCUCGCCGGCGGCGCCGGCGGCGUCGGCCAGCGGCGGCACCAUCGUCUUCACCACCCUCGGCCGCAGCCGCUACGAGUUCGACAUCUUCUCCCUCCCCCUCGCGCCCUCCCCCCAUAACCCCGCCGCCGCCGCCGAGCUCCGCCUCACCGAUGGCGUCUCCGUCAACUACAACGGCAACUUCGCCCCCGCCUCCGAUUCCAUCCUCUUCGUCUCCGAGCGCAACGGCUCCCUCAACCUCUACCUCUCCCCGGUUCCCUCCUCCCGCCGCGAGGCGCUCGAGUCGGCGUCGUCGUCGUCGUCUUCGGCGGCGGCGACGAUCUCGCCGCUCCUCCCAUGGGAGCCAAUCGCGCUCAAGGACCGGCCGUCGCUCACCCCCGACGGCUCCCGCCUCGUCUACGUCUCCACCGCCGUCCCCGCCGCGGAGCCGCGCAGCAGCUGGGCCGCCGUGUACUCCACCGAGCUGUCCACCGGCCGCACGCGCCGCCUCACGCCGCUUGGCGUUGCGGACUUCAGCCCCGCCGUGUCGCCCUCGGGCGAGUGGACGGCCGCCGCGUCGCCCGGCGCCGCCGGUUGGAGCGGCGAGGUCGAGGACCUGCGCACUGACAUCUACGUCUUCCGCACCGCCGACGGGUCGCGCCGGUCGCUCGCCAUCCGUGACGGCGGCUGGCCGAGCUGGGCCGACGAGACCACCGUCUUCUUCCACCGCCGGGACAGCGACGGUUGGUACGGCGUCUACCGCGCCGAGAUCUCCGUCACCGGCGACGGGGUCGAAGCGGCGUCCGUGGAGCGAAUCACCCCGCCGGGGUUCCACGCCUUCACGCCGGCCGCGUCGCCCGGCGCGCCGGGGCUCGUGGCGGUGGCGACACGGCGGGCGGGCUCCGACUACCGCCACAUCGAGGUGAUCGACGUGAGCAGCGACGGCAAGAACGCCUACUUCGAGGUGACCAGGCCCGUGGCACCGCGCGUGCACCACUUCAACCCAUUCAUCUCGCCGGACGGCGCGCGCGUCGGGUACCACCGGUGCCGGGGGAGAGGGAACGGCGACUCGCCGCUGCUGCUGGAGAACAUCAAGAGCCCAGGGUCACCGGACACGUUCUCGCUCUUCAGGAUCGACGGCUCGUUCCCCUCCUUCUCGCACGACGGCAAGAAGAUCGCGUUCGUCGGGCUGCCGGGGAUGUACGUGGUGAACUCCGACGGCUCCGGUGGUCGCCGCAAGAUCUUCUCCGGGAACGCCUUCUCGACGUCGUGGGACUGGAAGAGGAAAGGCGUGGUAUACACCAGCAUCGGGCCGGAUUUCGCCAGCGAGACCACGGAGGUGGACGUGGUGGCCAUCUCCCUCGGCGACGACGACGACGAGUCAACCAUCUCGAUGAAGAAGCUGACCGUGGGAGGCGAGAACAACGCGUUCCCGUCGCCGUCGCCGGACGGGAAGUGGGUGGUGUUCCGGUCGGGGAGAUCCGGGAACAAGAACCUGUACAUCAUCGACGCCGAGGACGGCGAGGCCGGCGGCAUCCGGCGGCUGACGGAGGGGCCAUGGUCGGACACGAUGUGCAACUGGUCACCCGACGGCGAGUGGAUCGCCUUCGCCUCCGACCGCCAUGCCCCGGGGAGCGGCAGCUUCGCCAUCUACAUGGUGCACCCCAAUGGCACCGGGCUGCGGCGGGUGGUGCACAGCGGCGGCAGCGGCCGGACCAACCACCCAUGGUUCAGCCCGGACUCCAAGAGCCUCGUCUUCACCUCCGACUACGCCGCCGUCUCCGCCGAGCCGGUCUCCAACCCUCACCAUUACCAGCCAUACGGCGAGAUCUUCACCGUCGACAUCGACGGGUCCAACAUCCGGCGGCUCACGCACAACUCGUUCGAGGACGGCACGCCGUCGUGGACGCCAUACUUCCUGGAGCCCCGAGACGUCGGCGAGACGCUGCAAGCCUCGGGCAGGUGCGCGUUCCAGGAUUGCCACUGGCUCAACAUCCAAGAUGCUGCCCAACCUGAAGAGCUCAACUAUGGCAAGAGCUGCUGAGUGAAGCCAUGGCACUGGCUGAUCACGCUGAAUUAAGCCAAUAAACCAUGGAUAUUGGAGUGCAUGAAUGUAGAUAUAAUACUGUUAUGUAGUAGCAUGAAUCUACCAGGAAUAAGAUCAUGUACACUGAUGCCAUCUUCAGGGCAAACGAUAUCAGAAUUGCUACAUAUCUAGUUUUUUUUUAUUGGCCA